AUGGACGAUUUGAAUCCUAUACUAUCGCCCUCUAAAGCCCGACAGGCGGCUUCCCAGGCCAAGGACUGGGCGUAUGUUACGAGCUGGUUGAACCGCAAAUAUACAAAUUCUCCAAAUCCCAUACCCAAAUUCGAACGUAAUGAGGACACACUGAAGGUGCUACUGAAUAUUGCCGCUGCCAAUGAUGCCGCAGAUGAGGAUGAAGCCCUUGCGCAUCGUACACGGGAGGAAACAAUCGGCCUCUUGAACGCUGAGCUACAGAAACCUUUAGAUCCGAAACUCAAGGUCCUGGAUGACAUUCAAGAUAGCCUUGACGACCAAAGUGCGAAGCUUAUCGAGGAUCUCGCCGAAACAGGGUUAUUUCUCGGCGUAUUAGAAUCAGACAUUCAACAUAUGUCUGUGGGGGUCUUAAACAUGACGCGAGAGGAGUUCGAUACUGCUGAACAACUACGGAAGCUCGAAUCAAUACAAACUUAUCUUGGCUCAGAGCUUAUAAAGUUACAGACACAACUUGCUGAGCUCAAAGACAAAGAAAGAUACGAAACACCGGCAGACCUGCCCUCAAAGACCAGCGAAUGGCUGAGAAAUAAAAGAAUUGUAGAGGCGAAAGCUAAAGAGUACCAGAGCCGUACUGCUGCUAUUAGGGGACUCUCCGAUAUAGAAAGCCCAAAGAUUGACGAUGUAAUAGCAGAGGAGGAAGAAACUAUGAAAUUGGAAGAAAACGUGAAAAAGCUGGAAAAUAAUAUCAAGGACUUUCACGGGCUACCCACAAAUUUUACCAGUGCAAAGUCAGAAUGCCAAAGACUCUCGGCCGAGCACCGCGUUCUUGUCCAACGUCGAGACCGUUUAUUUGAAGGCUUGGUUGGCUCAAGAGGUCGUUGA